AUGGCACCCGUCGCAGUCGCCCCUAAUACAACCACUGAGUUCGUUACAAACCUCAAAACAUAUGUUGUCUCUCAACAACCCAACACUCUCCAUGAUGUCAUCGCUCAAGCCGUCGACCGCUAUCCGUUACAUGAGCUUGGUUUCAUAACCUCCUCGGCACAUGACUCCUCCAUUCAGACCAAGACUUUCAGCGCGCUCAACCAACAUGUUCGCAACCUUGCAUAUGCUAUGCAGGGGUGGGGCAAACCCACAGGCUCAGUCGUUGUCGUGUACCUGACGGAGCACGAAGAUAAUAUGGCUGCUGUAUGGGCAUGUCUUCUGGCUGGUUAUGUGCCCUGUUUACAGCCUGCACUUAGUGCACAACAGGCGCACAAGGAGGGCCAUGUCGCCCACAUCAAGAACUUAUUUGGAUCUGCUACUUGGUUGACCAACGAACUGGGCGCUGAGCAGAUCAGCUCUAUUUCUGGUCUGAAUAUUCACCUGCUCUCCGAAUUAAAGGCAUCGGCGGAGAAAUUUGCCGUCGCGCCUGACUGGGUUGUACACGAGGCCAAGCCAGACGAUGAGGCAAUCCUAUUCCUGACCUCGGGGUCAACUGGAUUCUCGAAGGUGGUCGUGCACACGCACCGUACGAUCCUUGCUGCAUGUCGUGCCAAGGGCCAAAGCUACGGCUUGACUUCCGAAUCUCGAGUCCUGAACUGGGUCGGAUUUGAUCACGUCGCAGGAUCGUUAGAAAUGCACAUCACACCUCUGUUAUAUGGUGCUUCGCAACUCCACGUGCAUGCAUCUGCUAUCCUUGCUGAUCCCCUUCGACUCUUCCGUCUGAUCGAUGAAAAGUCCAUCGAUUUGGCAUUUGCCCCGAAUUUUCUGCUCUCCAAGCUGACUCGUGAUCUGGAGAAGCGCACCGACCUCUUUGGGUGCUUCGAUCUAUCUUCAAUCAAGCGGAUCAACAGCGGAGGUGAAGCUGUUGUUUCCAGGACUGCAAAAGCGUUCGCUGCCAUUAUGAAAAAGUUUAACAAAAACUCCUCGUCCUUUGUGAUAUCCGCUGGAUUUGGAAUGACAGAAACUUGCGCCGGAUGUAUUUACAACCCUGUGGAUGUCCUCGCAACCGAGCCUGCUCACGAGUUCCUUGAUCUCGGGCGUCCCAUCAAUGGUUGCGAGAGGCGUAUCGUCGACCCCGCAGAUGGCGUCACCCUGCGCCCCGACGGGGAGAUUGGCGAGCUGCAGGUUCGCGGACCGAUGAUCUUCGUACGCUACUACAACAACAUCGAGGCCACGUCCUCCGGCUUUGUUGAAGGCGGCUGGUACCGCACUGGCGAUGUUGGCAUCAUCGAGAAUGGUGUCAUGCGUCUUCGCGGUCGUAUCAAGGAUACCCUCAUUGUUCAUGGUGUCUCAUAUGGUAUCACUGAGCUCGAAACCUACCUACAGACCGCUGACGGGGUCAUGCACUCAUUCCUCGCUGCUGGCCAGGAUACUGAAGGUUUCAUUAUUUUCUACUCGCCAACUUUCGACCUUGAUGGAACAGAUGCCUCUAUCAAGCUCCUCGCCACGCACCAGGCUCUGCGGGAUAUCUCUAUGGAGAAGACCACUCUCGGUAAACUGUCUCGUGCGCGUCUGAUCAGUCUCUUCACAAAAGGACAGUUUGCGAAGCACAUCGUCCGCUCCGAGGAGCUUCUCAGUGAGGCACGGGACGCUACGUUCGUCGCCCCGUCGACCGAGACGGAAAAGGCGCUUGCCAAAAUAUGUGCUAGUAUCUUCAACAUGGCGGAAAGCGAGAUGUCGGCAAGCUACAACUUCUUCGAACUCGGCGGUACUUCUAUUGAUGUCAUCAGGCCAGUAUACCUGCUCAAGCGUGAGGGAGAAGCACAUUUCGGCCUGCCUGAAAUCCCCAGUAUCGAAAUCCUCAAGCACCCCGUCAUCUCGAGCCUCGCUAACUAUGUUAACGCCCUGCUCUCUAAGGAUAACCAGACUGAGGAGUACGACCCCAUCGUUCCCCUCCAACUGACCGGAAACAAAACGCCAAUCUUCUUCGUUCACCCUGGGGUUGGAGAGGUUCUCAUUUUCGUCAACCUUGCCAAAUACUUCCAGAACGAGCGUCCCUUCUACGCUCUCCGCGCUCGUGGUUUUGUGCCCGGCCACCCCUUCUUCACCUCCAUGGACGAGAUGGUGUCUUGCUAUGCUGCAGCAGUCAAGAGGACCCAAGCGACAGGGCCAUAUGCCAUUGCGGGCUACAGUUAUGGUGGUGUUGUCGCGUUUGAGGUUGCCAAGCGGAUCGAGGCCAUGGGUGACGAAGUCAAGUUCGUCGGUCUCAUCAACAUCCCUCCUCAUAUCGCCGACCGCAUGCACGAGAUUGACUGGACAGGCGGCAUGCUCAACUUGUCGUACUUCCUCGGUCUCGUGUCGAAGCAUGAUGCUAAUGAUCUCGCGCCUGCUCUAAGACAGAUGACGAGGAAGGAGCAGGUUGAGGUGGUGUGGAAGCUGUCUCCCCCUGAACGUCUCGUCGAGCUCCAACUGACGGCUGAGAAGCUCAACCACUGGGUGGACAUCGCUGGGUCCCUGAUCGAGUGCGGAAAAGACUACAACCCAUCAGGCUCAGUUUCUGCAGUCGACGUUUUCUAUGCUAUUCCUCUCCGUGGCAGCAAAUCAGACUGGCUCAACAACCAGCUCAAGUUAUGGUCUAGCUUCAGCCGCGGCGAGCCGUCAUAUACCGACGUGCCUGGGCAACACUACACGCUCAUGGACUUGGAUCACGCCCCCCAAUUCCAGAAGAUCUUCCGCAGUCGUCUCGAGGCUCGUGGACUGUAA